GAAAAGGAUUGAAAAAAAAAGUGGGCACGAGUGACGAAUGACGACGCGUUGCCUUUUCUAUUUGCCUAUAUCGCGAGACUGGAUGUGUUUUAUUUGACACAUCUUGAAAACUAGAGAAAUGAAAGACUGAUCUGAUUGGUUGGUAUUAAAAAAUCAGCCAAUCUCCAGCCUUGUCGAAACUAUUCCCUUCCGAAAGUUUGAAAUUAAAACGCGUCGACUAUUUACUUACGCUUACCGACUGACCGUCGAACUCAACCUCCAUAUGUACGAACUUUGGCGUGACACACCUUCCGCAAUACGUAGUCUAUGUAUGUGUGUUCGCAUAGGUAGAUAUGGUGCCCCUCUACGUGGAACCGCAACUCGUGGUUCCUUCUGAUUUCUGUGAUAUACGGUUAGAAGCACGAGUUAUACUUACGCGAACGUGUGCAAUCAUUGGUUUGUGAACAGAAAGAAAGCACACAACACGGCUGCGUGUCGCCUGACUGAUAAAGUCUUCACCCGUCCAAUCGUUUUAGAAAACAAUCGAGACCGGUUUUAUGAAACAAAAAAGCACAAGUCAAAACGGAGCUUAAUACAACUUCACAACAUCUAUCAUGCUUCACUUAACAUGCGGAAAAAAGCGGAAGGAGCUCGAGGAACCACCAAGAAGCAAAAGAAAAUCGUCAAGUCGAGUCUGAGUGAAACUGAGGUCGACGUUCGGUCUGAUAAAAAGAAUAAGGAAAAGGAAAAAGUCGGUAAGGGAAAUCCCUGCAGCAAAGCAUCGAAGAGAAAGACAGUCAUGGAGUGUCCUAUCACCAGAGGGGAAACCCGUCUCCCAAAAUUAACCCCCAUCGUCGACGACUACGAGAUAAGCAAUCACGUUCUGGGACUUGGGAUAAAUGGAAAAGUCGUUCAAUGUUACGACAAAAAGACUCGAGCUAAAUACGCGCUCAAGGUAUUGCACGACUGUACGAAAGCUAGGAGAGAAGUGGAAUUGCACUGGAGGGCCUCCCACUGUCGUCAUAUAGUACAAGUGAAGGAUGUGUACGAGAAUACGUACAGCGGUAACAAGUGUUUACUCGUCGUGAUGGAAUGCAUGGAAGGAGGCGAGUUGUUUCAGAGGAUACAGGACCGACAGGACGGAGCUUUUACGGAAAGAGAGGCGGCACAAAUAAUGUACGAGAUAUGCAUAGCUGUGAAACAUCUGCACGACAUGAACAUCGCUCAUAGAGACCUAAAGCCGGAAAAUCUACUUUACUCGAAGCCUGACAUCACAGGAAUUCUCAAGCUCACAGACUUUGGUUUUGCAAAGGAGACACAUUUGAAAGACACUCUGCAAACUCCGUGUUACACUCCUUACUAUGUCGCUCCAGAAGUUUUGGGACCAGACAAGUACGACAAGAGCUGCGAUAUUUGGUCACUCGGUGUGAUCAUGUACAUACUGCUCUGUGGUUUUCCGCCUUUUUACAGUAACCACGGCUUGGCUAUUUCCCCUGGAAUGAAGAGAAGGAUCAGGCUUGGUCAGUACGAUUUCCCGGCACCAGAGUGGUCGAAUGUUAGUCAGGAUGCGCGUGAUCUGAUCAAGGAAAUGCUGUGCACAGAUCCUGCUCAAAGGCUACACAUCGAUCAAGUUAUGCGGAACAAGUGGAUUUCGAAGCACACGGAAGUGCCAGCCACUCCGCUUCACACUGGGCGAGUGCUUCGCGAAGGAGAGGAACUCUGGCCUGAAGUGCAAGAGGAAAUGACCAGAUCCCUUGCUACGAUGCGAGUCGACUACGACACCGCAGGGUUGAAGCAGUUGGACAACACGAAUAAUGCUUUGCUGGACAAACGCAGGCGUGCCCGGCAGGCUAACACCGUAACGCCACCGUCGAACCCUACGCCAGCUUCCUAGAACAACGCCUUAAUUCGCGCCGGGAUAAGAGACGACAGUAAUCGCAAACGUAUUAUUACGUUUCUUCCUAGGUUCGUUGGUUACAGUCUUUUAACGGUUAGGAUUAUGUUCUAACAAUUUCAUACUUUAGUAUAGAAAAGAAAGCAAAACAACUGAGGAAAGGAAGAUAAUAAUUAUUAUAAUAUUAUAAUACGAAGCUAUAUUACAACAAGAGCCGACGAACAAAUUAUUAUUUCAAACUUAUAACGGCGUGCUCUUCAAUUAGUUGUGCACACCGUGGAUAAAAGAGACUAAGUGAGAGUUAAUACACAAUCGAAUUUGAGAACGAAAUUUUUAUACAUGCAUAUACAUAUUUUUACAUAUUUAACUGCGUGUUUACGUCUAUUGAGACGAUAACGAGAUACGGGCUAACCAUGGGCGAAUGCUAAAUAUUUCCUUCCACUCUCUUUGAUCGUGACUGGAAGAUGGAAGAGACGUAUCGAUUUCUGCGUUUUGACUGGUCGCGAGGGAUAUCCUUGAGGAAUUAUAUUGUAAGCAAAAUUUCCAACAUUCUAAGACUAGUCCAGACCUCGAAAUCUACUUUUUUCCGCUGUCCGAUCGUCGAGAGAACAUUAUCGGGUAAUUGGAACGGGAAACUGGAAGUCACAUGACCUGGAAUCUGGUGUAAAGCAAUUUUUAUUAAACUUAAGAAAAAUCUCUGAUAUCAUUUCAAAUAACUCUCGAGAAGAUUCGAAAAUCCCGUCCCGUAGAUUCAGAGUUUUUUGGAAAGUUUUGAUAAGCUAGAAAAAAGGAAUUGUCAUGAGAAUUUAGAACUUUGAUAUACGUGCAACCGAAAGAGAACUUCCGUUUUGAAGUCUUGAUCGUAGGAAUUAUUUUCUAGGUGUGAGUAAUUGUUAGAGUAACAGAUGAAUGAAAAUAUAUUAGUUAAACCGAACAUUAAGGUGUUUCCGACAUUCUUCUGUCUUUGACAGAGCGAGUAGUAUUCGGAAUUUUGACGCAUCAGGCUAACUACAAACGAAACUAAUCAUUGAUUUUGUGUAAAUGAUCGCAUUGUUUUCACGUAUUCUAACUUUCUUUUUUGAGAAAUGUACAACUUUUGGGGUUUUCCCUCAAUUACAUACAUUUCAAUCUUAUUCAACGUUUAAGAUAAAAUAAAAAAUGACGGAUUUCAAGAGCUCCGUGGUUUUUACAUCACUAGUGAAUUCGAGGCUCUUCUCAAAAGAAGGGAAAUAUCUUUGAGGUACCGAAAUUUCUCAAGAAAAUUUUUAAGAGGCCACUGAUAUUCCCUAUAAGUACGAAAUGUCGAGUCGAACGUAUAACAAUUAGCAUAAUGUACUACUUGAGUAUUAAUUCAGAACGUCAAUGAGAACAACCAUUUGCAGUAGAAAACCGCUUUACACUCGAAUAUUGUAUUUUACGUAUUCAUUCAUACAUUGAAGAUUCUUAUCCCACAGAAUAGGGAAUCAGACAGAUAUAAACAUACACGUAUAUACUGAGAGAUAGUUUUUCUGUAAUAACAAAUAACGAGAGCCUAAUAGGUGAUAUUUUCAAUUGAAAAGUAUUGUAAAGCGAGGAAUAUAUCAUUCGGUACAAACUUUUGCUAAUGAUGGAGGUAGAGAUAAGGAUAAGCAAAGAACAAACUAAAGGAAGCAAAGAAAAACGGUGCUGAUAUUAAAAAAAUAAAUUAUACUUGAAGAUACAAUGUGAAAUCGUUACGAAUGCGAGUUACAGAAGUGCCUAAACUGAAUUUUUUCAGUCUGAGAGUGCAAGGUACAAAGGAAAAAACAAAAAAAUUGGAACUGCUUUUCAAUGCUUAUAAAUAACGGUGACAGUUUCAUUUCAAUUUCAUAAAGUAAAAUCGUGUUCAUUAAUAAAAAAAUAAAAACCUUGCGAGAAAAAAAUCCGGAAGACGAUUCUGUAGGAUACCUCAACCUAUAUAUCUAUCUAAAAAGCCUACGCUGUGCUGAGUGAAUCCGUUUAGAAGUUAAAGAGCUACCGAUCAAUCGAAUCGCAUAAAGGCAGUGCUUAGAAUAUACUAUCUAGGUAUAUUAUAUGUAUAUUUUUUAACCGUUCUUAUGACUGAGGCUAACUACGACUAAGCUGUCUAGCGCAUUUAAUUAUAUACAUACAUUAUUAUAGUCGGAUAUGCUCACACGUCAAUUUAGGUAAUAACCGUAAUGAUAAUAAUUAUAAAUUGUUUGUUGAAAAUAUAGGCAUAUAUCUCUAUUUGUCGUCAAAUACGAUCGUUCAUAUAUAAUAUUAUAUCCUGUUACUGGUUGCGUGGUUGAAAAUAGAACAGUAGUAUAAAAUCUAUAUAAGGAAAUAGGAUAAGUGAUAAAGAAAUUAAUAAUAACAAUAGUACACAAUGAUUAAUAUUUUGCUGAAGUUACAAUAUCGAUAGUAUGCUAGACUAUUGUUUUUUUAUUUCUCUCGAUAAUCCAAUUCACCAAACAAUAAUAUUUUUAGACUUGCAUGCAUAAAAUACAUGAAGUUUUCAUAAACUGAAAAUAACGGGUCACAAAUUGAAGAUUUUUCAUUUUUUCGUUGUAGUUUGCCGUUUUUUACGGCCUCGCGUUCCUACACGGCAUUCCGCUUGUUGCAUUUGGUAGAACGAAGAAAAAAUCCAGAAACUCAUAGCCAAAUACAUGGCUUUCCAUCUCUAUUUCAACUUUGGCCAAACUACUUAAUUUAAUAACUUAGGUGACUAUAUUAUUCUAUUUUAAGUUGUUAAGAAUAUAAAUAAAUACUAGUAGAAUUUAACAUCAUCCCUUUCAAUAAUAUUAUUUUUAUUUUAUUAUUCCUCAUUUCUCCUUUGCUUCAUUCUCUUUUUCUGCUUGACCUCGUUUAUUAUUAUUUUUAUCAAUGCGAACUUUGAAGAAUGCGCUGCAUGGCGGAAGUUUUGAAUAAUACUUUGCGAACACUUAAUACUUGUACAUCGACCUACUUGUACCCCUCGAAAUGAAACUCGUACGGACUAAUUGUAAUGAUUUGUCGUACUCUGUGCGAGUGUUAUUUUUUGGGGAUCUAGACUUGGGUUAGAGUAUGAGAAAGAGCUAUACCUCGAAUCUGUAAUUAAUAUAUAUCUGCAAAUAUUUUAAAACAACUUCGAGAUACACAUAAUAAUAUGAUUAGUAAGAAUUUGAUAUGAAUAAUAGUCUGAUGUAAACUUAUUUGUUAUCGAUUACUAUAAUAAUGUAUUAAUCUUUGUGAUCAUCACUUGUCUAAUAUUAUAGAAAUAUAUAGGUAUACAUUAAUCAUUACGUAUCAUUAUGUAGAAUGGAAAGAUAUCACGACAGACGACGUAAUCAAUGUCAUUGCAAACAAUUAAUUUUCAUGCAACUGAAUUCUGAAUACAACACAAAAAUUUUUCCUCGCAUUAUUAAUCGCGCCAAAAUGUUGACACUUAAAAAAAGGUACGUCUGUAGUAACCUUAUCCGUCGUCAUAGCUAGGCUGUUGGAUUAUUACUUAUACAAAUUACAAUAUUAUACUUAUACUUUAAUCAAGAAUAAUAAAAAUGCAUUUAGUAUGUGAUA